CACUAGCUGAAAAGCCAAUAAAAAAAUUCUCCACCUCCUACACAGUUCAGAAGAAGAUCUGUGUGCAUUUAUCCUAGGCACGUUUGGAGACCCAGAAGGGGAUGAAGGUAGUUAACGUGCAAUGGGAAUCUUCACUUCAGGCACUAACCUCUACCUUUGUGCUGACUUUGCUGAUAUGCUGCAAGCUAAAUAUUAGACAAUUUUUUGUUCAAAUUAAGUCCAGCCUGAGAAGAAGAGAUGGUUAAAGAAAUGUCUCAAGUAUAUUUGCAUCCACCUAAUCAGACGUUGUGUGCAGCUACAAAUGGUACAGAACUGAAAUCAAUCAUAGAGAAUGAAACAAGAAAUGAAAAAUGGACCGAAGAUUCCUUUCCAGGAUUAGAAAUACUGUGCACAAUUUAUGUUACAUAUGCUGUGAUCAUUUCAGUGGGUCUCCUUGGAAAUGCUAUACUCAUCAAAGUCUUUUUCAAGAUUAAAUCAAUGCAGACGGUUCCAAAUAUCUUCAUCACCAGCUUGGCAUUUGGAGACCUGCUGCUUUUAUUAACUUGCGUGCCUGUAGAUGCAACGCGGUACAUUGUGGAUACCUGGAUCUUCGGGAGAAUCGGGUGCAAGCUGCUGUCUUUCAUCCAGUUAACAUCAGUUGGAGUGUCAGUGUUCACACUGACUGUUCUCAGUGCUGACAGGUACAGAGCCAUUGUUAAGCCCCUGGAGCUGCAGACCUCGGACGCGCUCCUGAAGACCUGCUGUAAAGCUGGCUGUGUGUGGAUUGUCUCCAUGGUAUUUGCUAUCCCCGAGGCUGUUUUUUCAGAUUUGUACUCUUUCAGCAAUCCGGAGAAAAAUGUAACUUUUGAGGCAUGUGCUCCCUAUCCCGUAUCUGAGAAGAUACUGCAGGAAGUGCAUUCCCUGAUUUGCUUCCUUGUGUUCUACAUUGUGCCACUGGCUGUUAUUUCUGUCUAUUAUUUUCUUAUCGCCAGAACUUUAUACAAAAGUACAUUCAACAUGCCAGCAGAAGAACACGGUCAUGCCCGUAAGCAGAUUGAAUCCCGCAAGAGAGUUGCAAAAACAGUGCUGGUGCUUGUUGCUUUGUUUGCCUUUUGCUGGUUGCCCAACCACAUCCUCUACCUAUACCGCUCUUUUACAUACCAUGCUUCUGUAGAUGCUUCUACCUUUCAUCUGAUAGUUACUAUUUUUUCCCGUGCCUUGGCCUUCAGCAAUUCCUGUGUCAAUCCUUUUGCUCUUUAUUGGCUGAGUAAAAGUUUCCGCCAACAUUUUAAGAAGCAAGUCUCGUGCUGCAAGGCCAAGCUUCGCACAAAGCCUCCCAGCGCUGCCCACAGCAAUUCACCCCCCAGAGCUCUGUCAGUCACAGGCAGCACACACGGCUCAGAAAUCAGCAUUACGCUGCUGACAGAUUACAGCAUCACAAAAGAAGAGGAAAGUGUGUAGUUUGUUUGUGAGGAAGGACAGAAAACGAGCGUUUGCAGUCAAGUCACUACUGCCUGCGUCAUGGAAGGAGGUGCCACGUCUUGCUCUGCCUCUGAAAGGAUUUUCGUCAGGAGUUCCUAACAUUUUUAAAACACACAACAAAGAAAGCAAAGCGAGUGUGAGAAGAAGCUAAAGAAGCUGAAAUUUUCAGUGUAAGCUCAGAGGAAUUGCUCACGUGCCCAAGCAUGAACACGCACCCUUGGCUGAGGUUCGUGUGCUGGACGGGAGACUGCAACGUUGCUGUGAGAACUGGCCAUGGGGAUUGCUUUGUUCUCAGUGAUUUUUUUCUUUCACUUGUGACUGGAAGCUCCCUUCUGUCAAGUACCUGCAUCUAAAGCAUGCAUAUUGAUCAAACCAUCAGCCUGGCAGGUGUUUGGUUUAUUUCCUUUCUUGUCCCAAAUACUGGAAAUUGAUACAUGCAUUGGGAAAUAAGCUAAGAUGAGAGAAAGGUAAAGCUUGUAGCAUGGUGUGAUAAAAAAGAAAAAGCAUUAUUGCCAGAUCCACAUUGCCCUUUGCUCCACCAGUGACUUUGAAAUUCUGACUGCAGAGCUGACUGCAGUGACAGGGAUGCUCUCUCUACAUCAAACGAACCAGCAGGUCAUUGUUCUGGUCAGCGAUAAUCAUCUUUACCAAAUUUGUAAAAUUCCUUUUGAUCUAUGGGUCAACACAUCAACAAGAGCUUUGUUCUUCACUGCUACAGUGAUUUUACAUCAAGAGUUGCAGUUUGGAUUCACAGUGCACUUCCAAAGCUAACUGCUCAGACAUCCCCACCUGCCUUACUUUGCUCUGUCUCCCAGAGCAGCCUUGAGUGCACAACCAGUAUUUCUUCUGGAGGAAACUGUUCAGACAUGGGACCAGACUGGAGCUGACAGCCCCCAAAAGUGUAGUGCAUGAGUGCCAGGAUAACCAUUACCCUCCACAGACCCUCCCCUACUGCAGUGUAUUGCUUGGUCAAGUGGUCUUUUCUAAACCACCUGCACAUUUCUAAGCAUGCAGGGAGGGCUGGAUUUUUCCACUGUACUAGCUUUUAUGAGAUUAGCUUUCUCAUCUCACAUCCACUCGUUCUGAUAAUACAAGUCAAUGACAGCCUAUCACGGGCAGCCUCUGUAUCCCCAAAAAGCUCAGCAGCUUGUCAGGAAAUAACAGGAAAGCAAAUCUUCCGACCCCACCUUACAGAAGUGUUGAAUGACACUUGUUUUUAUUAAGCUGUGUACCCUGAACCAAAAUUUUGUUCUGUGGGAGUUGGUGGUUAAAAAAACCACAAUGGAUUUUCCACUGCAUAAAGUAAGGGAUUCCAUCUCAAAAAAAGAAUACAUGCGUUACAUUAUUGAAGAGAGGCCGCAAUGCAUGAAUCACACAGAACGGUGCUCCUGGUCACAAAAGUUUGAAUUGCAUGUCUCAUUUGACAGGCUACCUCUCCCCUCAAGACAUAAUGCUCCUCCAGCUGCACACAGCCCUUCACCAGGAUGGAAAUCCAUCCAUCCACAUACUGUUAUUUGAGUUCUUUAUAUGAAGCAGAAAAUCUCUUUGCAGUCUCUCUCUUCUGACUGCCCUCAUCAGAAUAAUAAAACCACGCUAGAAAUCCCAAGGUGUUGGAAUACAACCUCUAUAGUCCUAUUAAACCAGUUUAAUGAUAGCCCAUUUUAAUGCCAUCAAGCCUGGCCUUGUUUUACUUCUCUCUUCACAUCACUCGCUGCAAGGCGAUAAGCACUAAUUAUUCAAAUGCUGUCUCCAUUUUAUUGUAUCAACUGUACGCCACAAUAGGACCACUGCAGUAAAUGGAAACAUAACAGCACAGAAAUGCAACUUAUGGGAAAGCGGACUCCAGAGAUGUUAAUUUUGCUCUUUGUCUGAACAGAACACAUUCCUUGGUACUGAGGUACAUACGAGUAUGUACAUAUUGCGUUGAUAUUCUCCCAUUCUCAUUCUAUUUAGUGGAACUGCACAGUGAGAUGCAGAUGGGUAAAUAAGCCUACACAUUUAAGACCCUCCUUUUCUCUUCCUAGAUCUUAGUACAGAGAAUUGUAAAUAAAAGAAAGAUCAACAAACACUGCACUUCCUUACACCACUCUUGAUUCUAGCUUAUUAAAGCCUUUAGCAAAUAAUCUGCCACAUGUUUCUGGACCUCACAGUUUGUCUCUGUCUGAGAGCAUAUUUCCCACUGCAAAAUCCUUGCUAUACAGUAGGCCUUAAAAAUCACUGUUUCCUAAUUCACCACUUCAUUUGCUCUGCAUGCAGAUACUUUUUGCUUGUGUAAUGACUCCUCCAGCUGGAUGGUCUAUCUAUUGCUCACACACUGGACUAGCAAAUUGAUGUUUUUACUAUAUGCUGCACAUCUUUCAAGCCAUAAUUUAAGUACCCCAUGUACCUUAUGCUUUAAUUCCAUACUUUCAAAUCUUCAUGAGAUGUUGAAUUGCAGUGAUAUAUUGGACAAUAUUCUUAUCUGAACGAUCUGAUAUUUCUCAUUGCAUCUAUUUAUCCAAUAUAAAUAUCCAUAAAACAUCUUUGUGUUGCCAUAACUGGGUUCAGGGGAAAGGGUUGCUUCUCUCAGUGUAUUUUCUCAGUGCUGAAAAACAGCUCUCUCAGCCCUAAGUAGUACAGGUGUAAUUCUACAAAAGAAUAGGGGAAGGAUGACUAUUCACAGAAAUAUUCAAUGUCACUUAGCAAAAAACUGGCAUGAAGAAUUAGAAUUUUACUAUUUAUACUCACAGUGAAAUAAUAUGUAGCAGAAAGGUACAAAAUACAGAAAGGCAAGACUGAAAAGACUUGUUCAUACGGAGUUUUACUGGGUAAGUAAAUACCAUUUUUAGGGUCUGCCUUUUUGCAGUUUGUUUUAUAUGUACACAUUGCCAGAUUUCAGAUUCAGACGUAACAGAUAAUGUUUUUGUUAGCAACAGGUCAAGUAUGAGUGCUCCAGUUUGUGCUUUCAAUGUAAGAUAUUGGAUUGGCUUCAGAAGGAUAUUUUCCACAAAAAACAAAAGAAUGUCAAAGCAUGGAUACUGUAAAACAGAGUGCAUCUGACUGUUAAAGUCACUUUGUGCAACUGUAACCACUUCAUAGCUCGCCCUCUUGUUUCCAUAGAAAGCAUCAUUUUGUUUUACAGUUAAAUACGGGCUGCCUACUGAUGGUCAUGUGUUUCUGCUAAGAAUACUGCAAUUAAAUAAGAGGCUAAAUUUACUCACAGCUACAGGACUUGUACAUUUCAAUCAAGGAUACUUAGAAUUAAAAAAAAAAAAAAGUACAGGCUCUAAUUGGUAUUUAGUUAUGGCUUCUGCCAAGGCUGGUCCCCUCAGUGAAAGGUGAACUAUUCUGAGGAAUUUCCACCAUCAACACAGGAGGCAGUAUUUAAUUUCUAGCACACCUACAUCCAGCAGUGUUUUCAUAGUCACUCUUGCUAGCCUGUGUGUCAGAGCUGCAGGCCCCAGCCCCAUAGAAAGCACACAGGAGUAAACUCUCUGUAAUGAAUCAGUAUUUAAAGCCUCCCUGACACAACAUACAAAGCAUCUUCUUAAGAAAUGAAGCGUUACAUGUUUACCUGUCAGCUAGUGAACUGCUGGUUCUGCUUUAACAAAUAUCAGAAUGCUUUAUGAAGCCAAGGUUUUGGUACUUUUAGUAGGCGGUAUCUCUGGAACAACAUUCAGUUCUGAUGAAUCAAGAUUUCCUUUUAUCACUUAGAAAAGUCAAACACAGAUACAAGAUCAUAACUAGAUUACAUGCUAAUGCCUCCUUUUACUGUUUGCUUUGAGAUAUUUUGUCAUUUAAAAUGUCAUUUCCUGACAUUCUGUCCCCAGAACCUGCAGCUCAUCCUUCUCCUGCUGCAGCAGCCGUGCUUGUGCAGCUAUGAAUUCAGUUAUUCCAAGAGUGUGAUUGAGGCUGUCUUGAUUUAAAAAAAAAAAAAGAAAAAGAAAAAUUACUGGUUUUCAGCUGAAUUAGCUCCCUGAGCUGGCUUACUGUAUGGGUGUUACUUAAAAUGAAGAGAACAGAUGGCAGUGACAAGGUAAGAAGCUACUGGAUGUCAGCUGUUCUGCAGUAGCUGCCUUCAUGCAUGGUGUUCUCUGUGGGAAGUGCAAAGGAUUCUGAGGUAGUUUGUCCUCAUAUCUGCAGCAGAAGUAUACAGGCCAGACUUACCAUGAAGGCACUGAUGUUUGGUAGCUGGAUAACCCUGCUGCAAGCAACCAUGCUCUUAAUUCUAGCAGUUAGUGGGGAUUAAAUUUGGAUGUCCCACUCCCCAAAAUAGUGCUUGGAUGACUUGUUUUAGGCACAGCUACAGUGAAAGUGCUCCCCAAUCCUCCUGCCACAGCCAUGCCAAUCUGUAAGAUACCUCUUGCACACCAGAAGAAGGAAUCUGAAUUUUUGAGUUUACUGUUAAGCACUCAAGCAGGAAAAAAAAAAAAAAAAAGGAGCUUAUAUACUAGCACUCUGGCUUUUUGGUCCAAGGACAUCAGAUCAAGCAUUUCUUAAAGUGAAAUGCAAAACACUUGGGAAAUCUGUAACAUGUGGACACAGAGUUCACUACAUUUACCCAUGCUGUAAACGUGAAAAACUCUGCAAAUAUCAGAUUAGUGGUCUAAGACUUAAAUUGUAGAGCUCUUAGAGCAUUUAAGACUGCAAUUAUCAUGCUACCAAAUAUAUUCCAAUUUAAACCUUGCAAAUAAAUACUUAGGCCUAUUAAAACCUUUCUCUUCAUGUUACCGCCUAAGAGUGGAAAAGGAGCGAGUGGGCAUCAAACCUCAGCAGCUGACUCACUGAUUUUUUCCCCCAAACAUCAAUACAGGCUGCUCUGAUCUUACUGGUGUCGGGAACAUACAAAGGACAGUAAUCUGACCUACAUUUAGAUCAAUUUCAUUUUUCAAGUAAUCAUAGCUGACAACAAGCCUCCCAUGUACCCCACUAAAAAUGAGCUAUUUCAGAGCCGAUAGAAAUGUCUCUUAAGCUGUCAGAUCAUAAGCGAUAAUACAACAACUUUUGGACGAUUAUCGGAAUAGCCCUGCCAAGAGAAAAUUCUUGAAGCAUGAAAGAAGCCAUUAACUAGGCUGGGUGUUCUUUGUGUAACAGCCAAAGGUUACUAAAAGUCUCUAUUUAUAUCCAAAGCAAUUUUAUCUGGCUGUCUGUUGACCAGCCAGUGAGCUACGUCGGUCAAUCCCUACUGAGCUUCAGACACUCAGAAUUGCGUCUUUGAUUUUAUUAUCAUUCCAGUCUGUCUGACAGCACAGAUAUAUUUAUCCAUGGAAUACUCAUUUCCAGAACAUUUCUGCACAGAGUGUCGCUUUUCUGAGUGAAAAGACUGCUUUGCCACUGUGUCACCCGGCAGCCUGCCCUGCAGCUUCCACAGAGCAGUGACACUGCCACCAAACCCACCUGCA